AUGCGUAGCAUGCUCUUGAAGAGUAUGGCAUUUUCUUGCAAGAACGACGACUUCCCAUCGGAAUUAGACCAGCAAGUGUUUGACGUAACGGAAGGACUGUUUGGUCUUCCACUUGAGACAAAAACUAGAAACUCGGGGAAGUUGGGUGACCAUGGGUAUGUGGGACAAUUGCCUCAUGAGAGCAUGGGGAUUCCAGAUGCAACAACCUCUGAUGCUCAUGAAGCUUUCACAACUCUCAUGUGGCCUUCAGAUCUACUUGUAAUAUAUAAUUACUCAGCCAGGCAUCAAGUGCUAAUGAAAGGAGACAAGCCCAGAUACUCUCUGGCCUUGUUCUCCUACAACCAUGGGACAACUCAUAUACCCGAAGAGCUUGUGGAUACGGAACACUCACUGCAGUUUAAACCAUUUCAUAGUUACGGGCUGCUCCGUUUCUACCUCAGCCGCACUCCAUCCGACAUGUCUGGCAGCAGUGCUAAAGAGUAUUGCGGUAUUUUCGCCUGGGUUCAAACGUGA